CCUUCAUGUGGUCCAAGCUGGGCAUCGGCCUGGCCAUCUCGCUGUCUGUGGUGGGCGCAAACUGGGGGAUCUACAUCACUGGCUCCAGCAUCAUCGGCGGGGGAUUGAAGGCCCCCAGGAUUAAAACAAAGAACCUGGUCAGCAUCAUCUUCUGUGAGGCCGUGGCCAUCUACGGGAUCAUCAUGGCGAUCGUCAUCAGCAACAUGGCUGAGCCUUUCAGCGACACCACCCCAGAGACCAUCGGUGCCAAGAACUACCACACAGGUUUCUCCAUGUUUGGGGCUGGUCUGACCGUGGGCCUCUCCAACCUGUUCUGCGGGGUGUGCAUGGACAUUGUGGGCAGCGGGGCUGCGCUGGCCGAUGCCCAGAACGCAAGCCUCUUUGUCAAGAUCCUGAUCGUGGAGAUCUUCGGCAGCACCAUCGGGCUCUUCAGGGUCAUAGUCGCCAUACUGCAGACAUCUAAAGUAAAAAUGGGGGACUGAGCCCCUGCCCAUUCCGGCCUGGCCCCCUGCGGGCGC